AUGGGAAACAGAGAUGAUGAAUACGAUUAUUUAUUCAAAGUUGUGCUGAUUGGUGACUCCGGGGUGGGCAAGAGCAACCUGCUGUCUCGUUUCACCAGAAAUGAGUUCAACUUAGAAAGCAAGAGCACCAUCGGGGUGGAGUUUGCCACACGUAGCCUUCAGGUGGAUGGCAAGACCAUCAAGGCACAGAUUUGGGACACGGCCGGACAAGAACGCUACCGAGCCAUUACCUCGGCGUACUACCGGGGCGCAGUGGGCGCUCUUCUUGUGUACGACAUUGCCAAGCACCUGACCUACGAGAACGUGGAGCGUUGGCUGAAGGAGCUGAGGGACCACGCCGACAACAACAUCGUCAUAAUGCUAGUGGGCAACAAGAGUGACCUGCGACACCUCAGGGCCGUGCCCACCGAUGAGGCGCGGGCGUUUGCGGAAAAGAACACGCUGUCGUUCAUCGAAACCUCUGCCUUGGACUCUACAAAUGUGGAAGAAGCCUUCAAAAACAUCCUCACUGAAAUCUACCGCAUCGUUUCCCAGAAGCAAAUAUCGGACCGAUCGGCGCACGACGACUCCCCGGGCAACAAUGUGGUGGACAUCAGCGUGCCACCCACCACCGACGGACAAAGGGGCAACAAAAUGGCUUGUUGCCAGAACCUGUGA